GCUUGCAUAGACUAGUCGAGUAGUCGAGAGAUCGACUACUCCAACCACUAGUCGGCGCUGUCGAAAACGAUCGAAUACUCGAGCGCGCAUUUAUAAAUGAUUUCAAAAUGGCGAACGUCACCAGCAGACAACACACAUCAGAUGUGUGGAAGUAUUUUAUCAAGGAUGACAAAAAUGUUGUAAUUUGCCAACUCUGUAAGACUACUUUAAAAUACAACAGUAGUACAACAGCUAUGCACAACCACCCACGAAUGAAACAUCCAACAACUAAGGCAACUGUUAGUGAGACGCACACCAAGAAGCAAACAGGCAUUGGUGAAUUCUGUAAAUGCCCGAUUACAGAGAGGAGAAGACAGGUAAUAACAGAUUUACUUGUGGAUUUUAUAGUGAAGGAUAUAAGACCACUCUCUGCAGUUUCAGGAGAGGGAUUCAGGGGAAUUAUAAACUUUUCUGAACCCAGUUACACUGUUCCAUCGAAUGCUACACUCUGGAAAACAAUUGGCCACAAAUACGACUCUCUAAAAGCGGACAUUGCGUCUGAAAUGAAAGGCAAGAACGUCUCGCUUACUACUGAUCUCUGGACUUCUUGCACCAUGGAUCCGUAUAUAACAAUUACGGCUCAUUACAUCAAUGAACUGUGGGAGUUGAAAUCGAGGGUGUUGUGCACCACUAUAAUGCCAGGAAGACACACUGCUGUUAACAUUGCGCAAAAGCUUACAGAAACCAUUAAUGAGUGGGAGUUGCGCAUAUUCUGCACAGUUCAUGACAACGCAAACAAUAUGAAUUUAGCGAUGGAAAUCUGUGAGGCAUAACCCCACCACAUUGGUUGCAGCGGACACACGUUACAGCUUGCAGUGAAGGCAGGUUUGAAUUUACCUGUGGUUUCGAAGGCCGUUGCCGCUGCGAGGCGUGUCGUCAGUCACUUCCGUCACUCUUCGGUUGCGACCCGCGCAUUGAAAGCACGCCAGAAGCAGCUAUCCAUCAGAGGGAGAAAACUCCAAAGUGAUUGUGCAACUAGAUGGAAUUCCACGUUCGAUAUGUUGGAUCGGCUUUACGAGCAGAGAAUCCCGGUACAAGCUGUACUCGCUGACGAAGCAGUGACCAAUGUCGAGUAUCGAAAAACUCUGGCAAUAAAGUCAUCUUGCUGGGAUCUGAUUGAACAGCUACUUCCAAUACUGAGUCCGCUGGCUAAGGCGACAACAAUCAUGUGUGGAGAGCUGCACGUCGGCUUGUCCUUUCUAUAUCCGGUGAUUAUCAAUCUGACUGAAAAUACUCUGCGGCCCAGCGCGGGUGAUCUCACCGGCACUCAGGCAUUCAAAGAAACGGUUCGGAAACAGCUGGUGACGCGGUUUAAACUGGACUCUGAAACGGUAGCCAAAUCGCUACCCAUUAGCGCGUGCAUGUUGGAUCCGCGGUUCAAGCGUUUGCUGUUUCUACCAGAGAAAGCCAGAGAGGAUGCCAAAGCCCAUCUCGCCGAUUUAUUGCAUGACAGUGAGAUAACGCACUCAGAAACUUCAGGUGAACAGGAUUUUGCCGACUGCAGCGGUACAACCAAUGCGUUGCCCAGUGAGCAUAAAAAACCAAGACUCGAAGCUGAUCUCGAGGAGCUCUUUGGAUUCCACUACAAAAGCCGAAAUCCUACGACAAAGCAGCCAACUACCAGUGAAGAUGAGAUUCAAGAUUUUUUUCAGAUGCCUGACAUUCCCACCUUGGGGAAUCCUCUCGAAUGGUGGGCAUGUAAUGGACACCAGUUUCCUCGGCUAUCCAAGCUGGCUAAAUCUUAUCUUGCGGUCCCUGCCACCAGUACACCAAGUGAAAGAAUUUUUUCCUUGGCCGGCAACACCGUCACAAGGCAAAGAUCAAGCUUGCAUCCAUCUCACGUUGAUGCACUUGUGUUUCUAAAUGCAAACCAGCGAGCCACGAGCUGGAACAAAGACUGUGUGUUGCGCGAGGAAGAAAGCGACGAUGACUAAACUUUCAAACAGGUUGAAGAAAGAUAUUCGUUCUUGUUAUUAUUACGGUUGAAAACUUGGGAAAUAUAAAAUUAUUAAAUGAGUUUAUUCAUGUUUUUACUGUUUUCCUAAUGUUUAAACUAAAUACGCAUUCACAGAGUUUUGAAGUAUGAUGCGAAUUUUAGUAUUAAAAUAUUGCGUGCCUGAAUUUCUCUGUUAACAAGUAAAAUUUGAAUUUAAUGAUAUGUAUAUUUUUUAUUUUUUUACGUAACGUAAUUGUUGCUUGUUGUAUGCUUGUUGACAAUAACCAGUGAAGGUUGAAGUAAGAUUAAUGUUGUUCUUGUUAUUACUGCUGAAAACUUGUUAAAUAUUAAAGUUGAUACUUAUUAUAUAAGUUAUUAAAUUGUUACUGUAUGCAUUUAGCCAUGCACGUAUAGUUUGCAUAUACGGCGCAAAUGUUAUGAAUGCAAUGUUGCGUGCAGCUAUUUAUUUGUCUUUAAUCUGUUACAUGAAAACUGAAAUAGCCUAUGUAAUGUCAUAAUUAUAAUGUUUUGAUUGUUUACUUUAUUUAAUUAAUAGCCUAAUGCAACAAUUAAAUAAAGAUUUAUUGAUAGAAACCAUUUCAUGUCUUUUCAUUUGCUGUAGCAUGGACCACGAGUAAUCGAGUAACUCGAGUAUUGUUUUGAUAAGAAAUCGACUAGCAGAAAUCAGUAGUCGUGCAA